AUCGAUCCGGACGUGGGAUGAAUUGGGAUUGCGGUUUCUAGAGCAUUUUGCAGAGAACUGCCAUCCCAAGAAGCCUUUCAUGCCACUCACUUGGCUUCAGUGCGGCAGAAACAUGGAGAGUCCUUGAAGAAUUUCCUGGUCUGAUGGAGAAAAGAAUCCAGGGAGGUGGAAGGAAUAGAUGAUAAAUCCAGGUUAGCCAUGUUCACGGCGGCGUUGCAGGAUGGUCUCCUUCAUACCGAUCUUACAACUCAUCCCCCGGAUACCUUUGAAGAAGCAAUGGUCCGGGCCGGAAGGUACGUGACCCCUGAGGAGAGAAAGGAGGAGAAGAAAGAGAAGACUCCCAAAGAAGAAGAGAAGGCGGGAAACAAGAAGCCUUUCAAGAACAAGAAGCAGGGCUUCCCGGAUGGCCUAAAGGGAACAAACCCUGGGACCUCGGAGAAGCACAAAUCUGCCAAUCCAGUGUUUACAUUGCUGGUAGCUAAGGUCAUGGCCCAUGCUACACAGCAGGGACUGAUGACAUAUCCAACCUAUUCCCAGAAGGUCUGUAAUGUGGAGGACACUGGGAAAUGGUGUGCUUACCAUCGCAAAAAUGAUCACAACACAGAAGACUGUUAUACCCUGAAGAAUGAGAUGUUGAGGCUAAUCCGCCGGGGCCAUCUGAAGAAAUUUGUACAAGAUGGUGACGUGGGAAAUCCCGGGAACGCUCAGAAUGGGAAGCCUAGAGAUAAGGAGGUGGCCCAGGCGGAGGCCUGGGAAAAACGCCACAUCGGGCUUGAAGAUGAAGAGGAAGAUUCAGAGCCCGCACCACACCGGCAGAAGAGGCACCACGGGUGUAAUUACAUCAUUGGUGGGAAUAUUGGUGGAGACUCGGCCACUAGCCGGAAAAAGUGGGCCAACGCGGCGAUAGUCAACAAGGUGGUGGUCCCAGAAGGUAAGAAGCUGAAAACUGAGCCGAAUGUAUUUUCUAAUGCGGAUUUGCCAGAAACAGGGGUCCCCCAUAGGGACGCCCUGGUGAUUACGAUUGAUAUAAUGGACUUGCUGAUCCACAAGACUCUGGUGGAUACGGGAAGUUCCGUUAACAUCAUGUAUAUGGAUACUUACAAGGCUCUUGGUUUGACAAGAGAUGAGUUAUCACCCAUUAAGACUCCGCUGACCGGGUUCACAGGCGGCUCUAUUGAACCGGAAGGGGUGAUAACCCUGCCGGUCGAGAUAGGAGAUACUAAGGCCACCCGGAAGUUGGACAUUGAGUUUGUUGUAGUGGGCAUAAUCUCCAAUACCAAUAUCAUCCUGGGCAGACCCGGAUUAGAAGAUCUAGAGUGUAUAAUCUCACCUCGUCACCUAUGCAUAAAGUUUCCAACCCCCCAUGGAGUUCGAAUUGCAUGGUAUUUGAAGGCUACUAAACAACCUAUCAAAUACGACACCCAAGUGGGGGAGGUGACUGCACAGCUCCUAAGGGCCGAGGAGAGACGUCCCAGAGUAGAAGGUGCAGGCGACAUUGAGGAGGUUGAACUGGAGCCGGGCAUGUCGGGAAGGCUGGUCAGAAUUGGAAAGGACCUGGGGGCUGAACUUAGGUCGCGGGUGAUCUCUGUUCUUAGAAGGUUCAGGAAGGUCUUUGCAUGGAGUCCAGCUGAUAUGCCGGGGCUGGAUCACAAGAUUACAGUCCAUCGCCUCAAUGUAUUGCGGGAUGCUAAACCGGUGAAGCAGAAGCAGAGACAUUUGUCGCAGGAAAGGAGAGACUUCGUGAAGAAGGAGGUUGCAACCCUGCAGAGCAUUGCACACAUCCGGGAGAUGCAUUACCCGGAUUGUUAGCCUGCAUUUUGGGUUGGGAGAAUCUUCACAUGAUAAGAGGCCUAAAUUUUAAAAUUCAUAGACCAAAGUUCUCUUUAUUCAUUUUCUGUGUGUUCUGAAUUCCAUGAUCAUGUGGAUUAUAAAAGACAGCACGUUGAGAUGGAUUAACGGAAGGACGGUAGACUUGUGAAACUUUUUUCAUGUUAUUACUAUUUGUUUAAGAGUGAAUAUGCUUUAGAUAAUCCCGCACAUUUACAUUUACCCUGAUCCUAGUGGUUUGUUAAUCAAGGCAGACCUGGUUA